AUGAAGAAGUUAAUGUCCAAGAAGAAGCUCGUUGAUGGUUAUACCAUCAAAGUUACUCAUGUGUGUAGUGCUAUCAUGGAUAGCAAAGUUGCGGAAAAGGAGAACGACCCCGAAGGCUUCACUAUCCCUUGCACCAUUAGGACUCAUGAGUUUGCAAAAGGUCUUUGUGACCUUGGUGCAAGCAUCAACCUAAUGUCAUAUGUCAUCUAUAAGAAAUUUGGCUUGGACACUUCUUCACCAACCUCGAUGCAAAUUUUGAGGGCGGACCGGUCCAUAAAAAGACCAAGAGGUUCCUAUCAUUCUUGGUCUCCUUUCUUGGCCACUGGGAGAGCCAUUAUUGAUCUAGAGUUGGGGGAAAUGAAAUUUUGCGUACAAGAAAUUGAGGCAUCAUUCAAAAUUUGCAAGUCAGAGAAGCAAACCGUGGAGCUCCAAAAAGUAUCCAUGGUGGAUGUUAAAAAUGAGAUGGUAAAAGAUGAGGGGUUUGAGGACCCGUCGUGA